CUCAUUGCAUCUCGGGCAACUAAAACCCUACCAACAAUACUACACUUCCAAAGUCAAAGAAAGCCUAAUGGCAGCUCUCUCCUUCACUCACAACCACCAACCAUCGGACAACCGCCGCGGUGGAUCUCACAACCACCGUCACGGUCCCAUCGUGGAAGAAAUAGAAGGACUCAUCAAAGUUUUCAACGACGGUUGCGUCGAGAGACCUCCCAUAGCCCCCACCGUCUCAGCCACCGUUCAUCCAUCUGCCAAGGUUACAGCCUUUGACAUCAAACUAUCCAACGACACGUGGGCACGUGCCUACAUCCCCGACGCCGCAGCCUUCUCACCGUCCGUUACUCUCCCUCUCCUUGUUUACUUCCACGGAGGCGGCUUCUGCGUUGGCUCCGCCGCUUGGAGCUGCUACCACGACUUCUUGACCGACCUCGCCGUUACAGCUCGUUGCGUCAUCGUUUCGGUAAACUACCGUUUGGCCCCUGAACACCGUCUCCCGGCGGCGUACGACGACGGAGUUAACGUUGUCUCUUGGCUGAUGAAGCAAGGAUCUAACGGAGGGUAUUCUUGGGUGAGCAAGUGUGAUCUCUCGAACCUUUUCUUGGCCGGAGAUAGUGCCGGAGCCAACAUAGCUUAUCAAGUCGCCCUCAAAAUCACAAACACUUCAAAAAACCUCAAGGGCGUUAUUCUAAUCCACCCUUUCUUCGGCGGCGAAGCAAGAACGUUCUCGGAGAAACAACAGCAGUCCAAGUCAUCAGCGUUGACUCUCUCAGCUUCUGACACUUACUGGCGUCUAGCUCUGCCGCGAGGCGCCAGUAGAGACCAUCCUUGGUGCAACCCUCUGGUAAGCUCAUCGGCGAGGUUGCCUACUACGAUGGUGUUCAUGGCGGAGUUUGAUAUACUAAAAGAUAGGAACAUGGAGAUGUGUAAAGUGAUGAGAAGCCAUGGAAAGAGAGUUGAAGGUAUCAUUCACGGAGGAGUUGGUCACGCUUUUCAUAUUCUCGACAAAUCUUCGGUGUCACGUGAUCGAAUCCACGACAUGAUGUAUCGUCUCCGCAACUUCAUUCAUCCAUAAUCAUUCGAUAAAGCAUUUAGGAACCUUUAAGUAAAUCAAUCAAGACGUUAAAGUCAAGGCCGGCUAUAGUUCGUGCUGCAAAAAAAAUUUUAAUUUUCAAACUAUUAUUUUUCUUUAAAAAAUCCGAUAGAUAUAUGUUUUUUUUUA